AUGCUCGCGCCCAUCGCAUAUUCCGGAGCCGCACUGCAGUCGCUCAGCAUAUCCUUCACCGACACCGAGCUACACGAGCUGUGCAACUGGGAGACUAUGCGGUACCUCGCACACCUGAAGAGCCUUGUAAUAGCCCUCCACAUGAAUUAUGGUCACACACUCGACUUGGCCUCGCUCGGCCCUCUGCUCCUCGCGCGCAUGCCACGCCUACACACGUUCCUCCUCUCGGACGUGUCCCUGAAGAGGUACGAUCUAGGGAAUGCGUUCCUAUGGGCACGAGAUGAGGCGCUGCAGAGCGCGGUGCUUGCAGGCUACGAAUUCCAUGCGCCCGCGCUGCGCCGCGUGGCGUUCACGACCGAGUUCGAGUGGGAGAAGCGCGCAGACGGGCGGUGGCACGCGUGGGGACACGUCUUCCUCGAGCUUCCGAUGCUGCUUGGAUGGCAGGUGAGGCUCGAGGACUAG